AUGAUACACUUUAAAAGUGCUAAGGAAUGGAAGCAGUUUAUGAAUCCUAAAAUAGAUGGGACACGAAUUAAAAAAAUAAGGAAUGUUAGUGAAAAUGAUAUGAUACAUAAACAUACUAUUUUAAAGUACCCAUAUUUUAAGAUGAAAAAAAUAGGACGCUACUCAAAAAUAAAACCAACUAGCGAUCUAAUUUUCAAUCGAGAUAUUGAAGUUGUAUAUGAUUAUAGAUAUUGUGAUAUCUUUGAAAACUUAAAGGACAUUAUUUCACUAAAUUUGAAGGGUAUUACUGUGCGAGAAAAAUGCACAGAUAACAUGACAUUCGAAAUAUAUGAUUCUCUUCAAAAUAAAACAUUAAUUAAAAAAAAAAAUGAAGAAUUUGGUGCAGAAGAAAUAUUUAAGGAACUUGUUGAUAAGAUUCAAAAUAUAGACGAAUAA